CGAUCGAGGAGUGAGCGCAACUCGGAAAUCACUGAAACAUCGCCUGUGAUCAAUGAAAAUGGCGCGCUCCAAGAGUUUGUUGGAAGGAGUUAGUGUACGGUUGAGCGGUUGAAUGGAAUUUACCCAUGAGGGAUACAAAGAGCAAGUCGAUCGGACGCACGAGACUAGAUGAUCGACUACUUAAUAAGCGUUGGACUAAAGAUGCAAAAGAGUUCGAUCCCUAGAGUAUGGGAAGCUGUCCUAACCAGCAAAAUAUUAGCAGGUUUGGAUUCUUGGUUGGUCAAUGUAGUAGAAUGUGUCAUUAUGUUGUGAGUUCGGAUGAAGCA